AUUUUAAUUAGAGCAAUCAUAGGAUUCGUCGCUUUCUCCAGCUUCGUCUCCUUUAUCCAAACCGUUUGAUUAUUAUUUUCCAGGCAAAAAAAGUUGGAGAAUUAUUCAGAUAAUUAUUGCUUCUCCCUAACGCCUAGAAGCGUCUUGCAUCCUAAGCAAAGGAGGUGUAUCUUUCACCAAGCAACAAAGAUCAUUAGAUAACGCUGUUACUGCGUCUAGUGUGUUUAAAAGAGCGAGGAAACAGUUGGUUAGUUAUUGAUGUGGCCUCUUUGUUUUUUGCUGAACAAGAUUUUGAAAGUAGAGAGGAAUCAGGGGAGAUCAGAUGAUGGAGAUUCCACUUCUCCUAAAUAUUCCCAGUUUGAUGAUCCCUUUGUUACUACUCAUGGAAACCUCAAAGAUCCAUCCUCCUCCCACUUAGAAGUCCCUCAUGUACAUCAGCUAGCUUCAUGGGAUUGUGGCCUCGCUUGUGUUCUCAUGGUUCUCCGAGCAAGUGGUAUCACAAACUGCACUAUUCAGGAUUUGGCUGAGAUUUGCUCCACAAAUAGUAUUUGGACUGUUGAUCUAGCAUAUUUACUGCAAAGGUUCUGCGUGGAAUUUUCUUAUUACACAAUAACAUUCGGAGCAAAUCCAAAUUACUCCAUUGAGGAAUUUUACAAGGAGCAGCUCCCUGAAGAUCUACUGCGUGUGGAUUUGCUCUUCAGAAAAGCACAUGAAUCUGGCAUUACUAUACAGUGCAGAUCAGUUAGUAUCCAUGAGCUUUCUUCUUUGUUAUUGUCGGGGAACUAUAUCGCCAUUGCAUUAGUCGAUCAGGACAAGCUAAGCAAGUCUUGGUUGGAGGAAGUGAUUGUCGCUGGUCUUCACAACAGCAAUUCCAGCUACACUGGUCACUACAUAGUGAUAUGUGGCUACGAUGCUGUUAAGAACGAGUUCGAGAUCAGAGAUCCCGCUAGUUCCAAGACGUACGAGAGGAUAUCGUCAAAAUGCCUAGAGAAUGCCCGGAAAUCGUUUGGUACAGACGAAGAUCUUCUCCUGAUAAACUUGGAGAACAUAAAGAAGCAGAAAGAAUAGUUCUCGCUACUCAUCAUAUCAUUCUGGAUUACAAUGAAACCACCCGAGUGUUCUAUCCCAGCAGAGCAAUACUUCUUUUACAUAUAUACAUACACACAUAUAAAGGAUGUUGCCCAACAUAUUCCUAUAGAGGUACAUGGAUCAUUAGUGAAUUCAAGAGUAUAGGUUUCACAUUGAUCAGAUUCUUCUAUUUCUAAGCAGUUAUAUUUUUUCCUUGUUGUACAAAUCGGUUUGUCAUGUGAAUGCAUAUAAGAUUUGAUUGAUUCAAGUUUUCGAGUAACAAUAAGAGUUAAAAGGUACCCGAAAUACCAAAAAAAAAUCCGAGAAUAAUCAGUUCGAACCGAACCGAACCGAACCAUACGUUCAAUCGCUUUAUACCGCUGAACCGGAUUCGAAUUUUAUUCUUAAACCGGAAUUAGAUUCGGACCGAACACAUCAUCAUAAGAUUCGUU